AUGGAAGAAAACGAAAAUGAAAAUGAAAAUGUUAUACGCAGAAGGAAAAUAAUUUCCUCAGCAAAAGAGAAAUUGGAUACAGGCAAGAAAAAAAUUCCAUGCACUGGGCACUUGAUGACACCGAGAAAGUUAUGGAUUCAAAUGGUGCCCACUAGGGAAUGUGAUGUUGUUCUUUUAUUUCCUUCAUCGACUUCAGAUUCUAUUCUUAUGUGGUUAUUAUCACGAUUGAAAAGUGGUGCUCCUGGCUUGAUUGUCCAUGUUCGUCAUCAUUCUUCCUCUGAUAGCUAUGGAUUUCACUUAACUGCUCCUUACAAAGUAUUAUUAAAAGCCGCUGAGCAAUAUCAUCUUCCAAAGCCUCUUAAAAAAGAAUAUGGAGGUGGUUUAAAAGAAUUUGUUGAAAAAGAUAUUUUGUGUUUUGAAAUAAUUGAAGAUAAAAAUAACUUUUUUUCAACUCAAGAGAGGCAAUGGUUAAUUUUGAAUCUUUUACAGAAUUUGAGAGCAAAUGCUAAUGACGUUGAAGAAAAACCUGCUGGUGUUCAGUUUAAUGAAGGCCAAGCCAUAGUUCCAAAAUUUCUUACAGCUGGUGUAAUAUCUCAAAUUUUUCCAUUACAUGAACUUCCUACAUUGAAAAACCUACAAAAAACUUGGGUUCAGGCUUUUUUCAAGCAACAACCUUUAGAUGAUAUUUGCAACUACUUUGGUGUGCAGAUAGCCAUGUAUUUUGCUUGGUUGGGCCAUUAUACCAUGGCUCUUAUUGUGCCUGCUAUUGUUGGUUUUUUAUUUUGGAUUGGUUUUUGUAGGGGAGAUCAAGCUACCGAGGAUGUUUUAUACGUACUCUUUUCUUUAUUUAAUGUUUUGUGGACUAGUAUAUAUUUGGAAGCAUGGAAAAGGUAUAGUGCCAGUUUAGCUUAUAAAUGGGGAACUUUAGAUCAGAGAAACGAUUUACUUAUGGAGCCGCGGCCAUUUUUUACGGGGCCUUUAGAAGUAAGCGCUGUUACGAAUCGUCUUGAACCGACUUAUCCGUCUUGGAAAAGAUACGUUUUUCGUUAUUUUGUCACAAUUCCUAUAAUGAUAAUUUGCUUAAUUAUUGUUUUCAUAACAAUGAUUAUUAUUCUUCAACUUCAGGAUUGGUGGGAUGGAAUAUUACACAAGAAGGGUUUUCCAUUUUUUUUAAGUUAUUUUCCAAAAAUAUUACUAGCCAUCGUCAUAACAUUUUUUGAUGAAGCUUAUUAUAAAGUUGCUCGUUGGCUUAACGAUAUGGAAAACUAUCGACUAGACACAGAUUUUGAAAAUCAUCUUAUCGUCAAAGUAGCUCUGUUUCAGUUCGUAAAUUCAUUUUUGUCUUUAUUUUACAUCGCCUUUUAUCUUCAGGAUCAAGAAAAAAUCUGCAUUACCGUAUCUCUUGAGCAGAUCAGACUCGCCAAGUUAAGUUUUGAUUUGUUUGGUGCACUUAGUCCUUCGGAAGUCAAAGAAUUUCCUCCUAGUGAAGAAGAACAAAACGUUGAAAAUAUCAGUUCGAAAAGUCAAGAUCAAAAAGCAUCGGGAAAUAGAAAUAUCAGUCAGGCAGAGCUUGAAAGCACGUUAUUUAAGUACGAUGGAACAUUUGAAGAUCAUUUAGAAAUGUUUAUUCAAAUGGGUUACGUAGUUUUAUUCUCUUCUGCGUUUCCCAUGGCUGCUUUUUGUGCUCUUAUAAAUAAUUUAAUAGAAAUAAGAAGCGAUGCUUUCAAAUUGUGUUUUAUAUUUCAACGACCUUUUGGACAAAGAGUGCCUGAUAUUGGUUGUUGGCAGAACGCAAUGCAGAUAAUGGGUUUAAUAGCAGUGUUAGUCAAUUGCGCUCUGAUCGGCUUAUCUGGCCAAGUUCAUAGAAUGUUUCCCGAAAUGUCUACUACUCAAACGAUUUUGUUGAUAGUAGCGCUUGAGCAUGUCAUGCUUAUUUUGCGGUAUUUAAUAAGUAAUUCAAUACCCGAUUUACCCGAAUGGGUUGCUACCGAAAUGGCCAAAGUUGAAUUUGCUCGCCGUCAGGCUGCUUGCUCCUGUACAUCAUCGGUUCAAGAAGGCACCGGGUUAGUAAUCGGAAGAUUUGUGGUUUCUCCUGCUGCAAAAAAAGAAGCACCCAAAGGAACCGAAUCGGUGGAAACGAAGAAACAAAAUUUACUUAAUUUUAAAGAACUUAAGCAAGAGAUAAAACCGAUACCUAAAGAGUUCAAAAAACAUAUUUCAGGAAGUGUUGCCGCUCUAAGAACCCCAUUAACUCCAGAUUUAUCGAAAAAAAUGAAUUUAAAAUUAGGUAAUCAUUGGUUGACUUCCGAAGAAAGCGCCUACAAUUUAACAAUAGGUUCUCACGCUAAUGCCGACUGGAUGAGACGAUUUGCUUUGGAUAAGACUAGAAAAACUAGCGAACCCGAAGUGGGAUCUAAAGGAAACAAAGGUUUAUCAUCGUAUCGGAGCACUGAUUGCAUUCCUAAAGAUUCAUCAUCGUCCGAUUCUGAUUUAUUACGAUCCGCGCCUCCUUGGUCUAGAUCUAAAUUUCGCUUCAAUUCCGAAAAAGAAAGAAAAUCCGAUACACUCACCAUAUUAGAAAAAGAAUCGAAAUCAAGUUCUUCAACCACCCCAGUUUCGGAAUCUGCACCCGAAUCUACCUCUUCCAGUUUAUCUUCUUCAUCAAAACUUCCUGAUGAUGCUGAAAUCGCUGCAAAAAAACAACGCAUUAAAAGAUCACUAAUGAAAAGAGCUCGGAGCGUUGCCAUAUUUUCAUUAAAACUCAAAGAAAAAAGAGCAAUUCAAGGAGGUAAAGUACCUGAUACGUCAAAAGCAAAAGAAUCGAAACCAUCGUGGGGAACCAAGCCAGAAGGAGCUACAGGAGGUGAACUCGGUUGCAUUCCUAUUGAAAUGUUGAUUUCCGUGGAUGAUGUUGCUAAAGACCUCGAAAGGAGACAAAGUCCUUCUUCUUAG